UCUCUUUAGAAUAUAAAUAAAGGUAAAUUCAUGUCAUCAGACAGCGUAAGUUGAAAGUUCUGCGAAACAAAUCGAUUCGCUGCGUCAGCCGCGUGCUCGUUGCGGACUUGGCCUAGAGUGUCAUUCGGUGUCGGUGCGGUAGUGUGUUGAAGAAAUUCGUCGCUGUUCGAUCCAUACACGGCCUCACCCUGGCGUCGCUCGCUGACACGGGGGUCGCGGCCUGGCUCGUGGGCAGUUUCUGGCGCGCCCAUGCCCAACUGCCCCAGCCGCUGGCGCCGCUCGUCAACAAGAUCCUCUACCAGGCCAACUCCGUACUGUCGCUCAUCAAGCCCGAGCUGUCGUACGCUCUGACGCUGGCCAACGAUCAGUUUCGCCAGCAGCAGGAGCAACAGCUGAUGAUCACCGAUGGCCAAGAGCUGCAGCAACGGAGCAGCAACGAGAUCGCGAUCGUGGACGACAAGCCAUCGCACGAUUUGCACGACGAGAUUCAUUUUUCAACGCCUGAACUGAUCACAAAACAUGGCUAUAUUGCUGAAACUCAUCAUGCAUGGACUGAAGAUGGAUAUAGAUUGGAAUUGCAUCGAGUUGUAAGGAAAGCAAUAUAUGAAGAUGUAAAUGAUGAUUUAAAUGUGAAAAAAGAACAAAAAGUUAAAAUACCAAUACUCAUCAACCAUGGACUAUUAUCAAGCUCUGCAGACUGGGUGUUACUUGGACCACGUAAAGCCUUAGCUUACUUGUUAUGUGAUUGUGGGUAUGAUGUAUGGUUAGCUAAUGUAAGAGGAAACACAUAUUCACAAUGCCACAAACAAUAUACAACAAAAGAUAGAGAAUUUUGGAACUUCAGUUGGCAUGAAAUUGGAGUUUAUGAUAUACCUGCUAUGAUAGACUACAUUCUUGAAAAGACUCAACAAACAAGUUUACAUUACAUUGGUUAUAGUCAAGGAACAUCUACUUUCUUUGUGAUGAGCAGUGAAAGACCAGAAUAUGUAAAAAAAAUUAAAUCACUUGUCAACUUAGCUCCGAUAGCAUUUAUUUCUAAUCAUAAGAGUCCUUUAUUAAAACUUGUAACACGUCUCUAUGUUAUCAUGGAAUGGGGUUCCAUGUAUUGCAAUAUUCAUGAGUGGUUUCCACGCAACAAAUUACAAGCCAAAGCAUUACGAACAUUAAUUAGAAAUACACCAGGAACAGUUACAAAAAGCCUUUACAGUUGUUGGUUUUGUUUGAUUGCUGGAUUUGGUAGCAAUCAAUUAGACAAAUCCAUGUUACCUCUUAUAUUUAGUCAUUUUCCUGGAGGUUCUUCUGCAAAACAAAUAAUUCACUACAGUCAGACAAUACUCACUGACUCUUUCCGAAAAUUUGAUCAUGGAACUGCGAUAAACUUGAAGCUGUAUGGAAGCACACGACCACCUAAGUACUCCUUUGAACGAGCAACUUGUCCAACGGCGGUAUUUUACAGUGAAAAUGAUUGUCUAACACAACCGGCAGAUAUUCAGAGGCUAGUUAAUCUGUUACCAAAUAUUCAGUUGAAACAUAAGAUAGAGUACUCAAAGUUCAAUCAUAUCGAUUAUUUGUGGGGUCGAGAUGCUAAAUUUUACCUAUAUGAUCAUAUCAUAAACUUCAUUAAAAAAUAUGAUUGAAUAGUUUUUAAAUAUCAAAAAUUAUUGAGUUACGUAUAAAUUAUUUAUAAAAUG